GUCCAACUUCUGGAUAAAUUCUGGUAUCGGCUGCUGAGGAGAUACGAUCUUGGCUGCGUGCGUUUAGGCUUGAAUUAUAUGUUUAUGUGAGCGGGAAGCUUAAUGUUCCCAUGACCGCGUCGCCUCAAGAUGUGUCUGCAAGGGCACCUGCACUAAAGAAGCGAGCAUGUGAUUCUUGCUACAGGCGAAAGAUCCAUUGCGAUGGCGCCAAUCCCCACUGCAACUGGUGCUCGCACCACGGAAUAGCUUGCACCUAUGCACGACCAUUGAAGCUGAGGAAGCCUAGGGCAUCCAACAGAAAAAGAUCAUCCCGAAACCAGUCAGCCCAUGGCGGAUCCUUCGCUGGCUCGACAUCCUCACACAUUGACCCUCCAUCAUCCUCGGCCUCGUCGCCGGAUCCAUCCGCUGCAGCUUCAUUUGGCAAACUUCAUUUCGCCGGCUACCAGCUUGGCGAUAUAAACUCCUUUCAAGGCAUUCCUCUCUUCUCAUCCGAUGGCCGUAGAUGGAUUCAAGAGAGGACUGGAAGCAAGCCUGCUUUCCCAUCUCUAGUCGCACCACUGUGGCAGAAUGAGCAGCAUAUUGCGAAUCAGGUUGCCAUUGCACCUAUAUCUGGUUUGGCGCUGCCAGCUCGCAAGGUUGUUGACGCCUACUUCCAACUAUUCAAAUCGACGACGUUGAACCUUGUGUUUCCGGUCGUCCAUAUUGCGUCCUUUCAAGAGACUAUCGAUCUCGCCUAUUCACAACCCCAACCCACGGAGUCUAUUGAAGUACUAGAUGCACAGGCUUGUGUAUUCUCCUUCAUUAGUGUCAUCCAUUUCUUCGAGGGAAGCAUAGAAGACGCGCCCGUCGACCCCGAGUUGUGUGUCGCAAAGGCGCAACAGCUGCUGCCGCGGAUUCUCCUGCAGUCCACCGUCACCAGUCUUCAGGUCGCUUUGAUGCUAGGGAUCUACCAGAUGCUCUCCGGCCACACGCAGCUGGCAUCUAUACAUAUUUCCUGUGCCUGCCGUCUCGUCUAUAUGCUGGGGGCGCAUGUGUUACGUCCUAUCCGCACCGACGGGAGAGGCCGUGACAAUUACCGAGCACAAAACCAUCUGCGCAGGCUGUUCUGGCUGUGCUAUACCUUUGACAAGGACAUAUCAUUACGUACGGGACAGCCUCCUUGUUUGGAAGACGACUACUGCGACAUAUCCCUGCCCGACAAUUACGAUGAUAUUAUUACAGCCCGUUGGGACGCUGACCCCAUGUCUAUCGAUGACUCCGAGAUCUCUGCACUAUUUGUACCAGGAAACCUCAAGCUUAGUCUAAUCAAGGCCAAAGCUGGCAAGUUGUUAUACUCAGCAAGGUCCCUUCAAAAGUCAGACGCCGAGCUGCUGCGAGACGUCCGUGAGCUGGACGAUGAGCUCGAGAACUGGCGCAUAUCCGUCAACAAGGACUGGCGACCCAGCCUGAUACAGUCUGGCGGCGCAACAACAACUCCUUCCGACAUGACCCAGUCCAAGACGAUGGAUGCCAUCCUCAGCCACUUCGAGUACUACUACCUGAUGGCUACAAUACAUCGAGCGACGAGUAGAUGUAAGGCAUGGGCAGAUGUUGAAGGCGGUGACAUGGACGGCGUCGGAUCGAGCCUGGAGUUGACUGUCCAGGCCAGUCGGUCAACCCUGUUUUAUUUGCGAGCCGCAGUCCACUCCUUACUGGGGCAAUCUUUCUGGAUGGUGCUCUUCUAUCCGAUGACGGCGAUCCUGACCAUUUUCUGCAAUAUUCUCCUCAAGCCACGGGAUCCUCAAGCCCAGGAUGACCUCGACCUCCUCAAGACGGCGCCUGAGCUUAUCAAGAAGAUGCGUACACGAAGGUUGACGCUCAAAGAGUUUAUACACAUGAAACUGGUGGAAGACUUCAUCAUGGAACUUAUUAGAUUAGGCGACUGCGCAAUUCAGAAAGCACGGUAGAUUUGAUCAAUGUAGUAUGCAGCGAGAAAGACAAUCGCUUGACGAUCUGGUUGAACAAGAUGGUACCGGGUAUCCUCGAUCGGUGUCAAAGAAAAAACGUCAAAGCAUGAGCAUACAUAAUUGAAUAGAAUUCCGAUCGUGAAUUAUUGCG